AUGUCUGACCGGUACAUGGAUCGACAUUACGACUACCAGGACGACAAACACAUGGAUCGUCAUGAAUUGGAUGAUGAAAGACAUCAGGGUAGCAGUCGGUACAUUCAAGAGGAAGAAGACCCACGCUCCUCUGAGCGUUCCCGCAAAGGCAAAGAGAAGGAACGUGAGAAGCAUGACGAGCCUGCGCGGAAACGUAGAGACAAAUCGCAUCUCUACGACGAUAUGCACAAGGCCUACAACACCAAAGCCCUCAUACAAAAGUACGAAGGAAGUGACUGGUACCCUGACAGGGACGCGGACAUCAUGGACCACGCCAUAGCUCAGACCGAACGAAAAUCACAAUGGACCGACAAUCCUAGCCAGGCGACUCGGGACAGGAGGGAGAGAGCGAGGAAGAAAGUGUCACGGGAGAACCAUGAAAACUUCAAUCAAGUUCUUCCUGGUGAGCGCAUUGAGCCACGAGAUUGGGAAUAUCGACAAGCCUCGUCCAAGCACUACAGUUCUCAGGAUCCUGAUAUGCCACCUCAGGUUACUACAAACAGCAUUGAGAGGAUAAAGAAAAAGUAUCCUAGGAAGUGA